ACCGGCUGUAUUUUUCACCGGGACAGCAGCAACAUGAGCGGCGUCGUGCUGGCGAGCGCGGGCUACGACCACACGAUCCGCUUCUGGGACGCGGCCUCCGGAACAUGCAACCGCACGGUCAAGUACCCCGACUCGCAAGUCAACUGCCUCCAGAUCACGCCCGACAAGAAGUACAUUGCGGCUGCCGGGAACACGCACAUCCGCCUCUUUGAGAUCAAUAGCAACAACCCGAAUCCCACGACGAGCUACGACGGCCAUAGCGGCAACGUCACGGCCAUUGGCUUCCAAAAGCACGGCAAGUGGAUGUUUAGCGGUUCGGAAGAUGGCACGAUCAAGAUCUGGGACCUGCGAGCGCCAGGCUGUCAACGCAACUACGAGUGCCCCGCGCCCAUCAACUCGGUCGCGCUGCAUCCGAACCAGGCCGAACUUGUGUGCGGCGACCAGAACGGCUGCGUGCGCGUCUGGGAUCUCACGACCAACACGUGCUCGUCCAAGUUUAUGCCGGACGGCGACCACGCUGUGCGCAGCGUCGACUUGGCCCGCGACGGGCGCACGCUCGUGGCCGCCAACAACAAGGGCAGCGUCUUUGUCUACACGCCCCGCGCUUCGGACAACUACGAGCUCCGCGAGACGUUCCAUGCCCACAACGAGUAUAUUUUGAAGGCGCGCAUUUGCCCCAACGUCCGGUUCCUGGCCACAUGCUCAGCCGACAAGACGGUCAAGGUCUGGAACAUGAUGGACAUGUCGCUCGUGCACACGCUGCAGGGCCACCAGCGCUGGGUGUGGGAUUGCUCCUUCUCCGCCGUCUCGUCGUACCUCGUCACGGCGUCGUCGGAUCAAACGGCCCGGCUCUGGGACCUCAGCUCGGGCGAAACGAUGCGGCACUACAAUGGCCACCACAAAGCCGUCACGUGUGUGGCCCUCGAUGAUAGCGUGGUCGAGAAGGAGAGAUAAAUCAGAUCGUAGUUGCAAGGCCAUAAAUUUACCCAAUAUGACCUUGGUAGUUGCUUCC